UAGGACUGACAGGGAGGUAAAUAUGAAAGAAAGAUAAAAGAUAGAGAUGACGAACAGGAAGGAAUGAGAGAAUGAAGACACAGAAACAGGUGGAUUAUUUAAUAACAUGCUGUACAGCAGUAUGCCUGUAUGUUUGCCAGCAGCAUAAGAAGAAGCAUUAUGGAAGUGAAAGAGCGACGUCCAUACUGCUCACUAACAAAGAGCCGGAAGGACAAAGAGGGGCCAUACACUGGGGACAGUGAAGGCUGUGCUAUUGGUUCCCAGGGACUCCGGGUCCCCACCCAGAAGUCCUAUUCCUCCAGUGAAACACUGAAGGCUUUUGACCAGCACCAAGACCAGACCAGGUUACUGUACGGGACAACCAAGGGACACAAGGACAUGGUUCACCAUGAAAGGGAUGAUUUUAACAGACAAGGUCAACACUUCAGUCUUCGUCAGCUGGGGAUCUGUGAGCCACCGUCUCGUCGCGGCCUGCCUUUCUGCCCUGAAAUGCCUCCACCCCACCGUGGUUUCUCAGUUGGUACAGCUCAGGAGCUAGACACUGAUAGUCAGGCAGUCAUGUCCCCAGAGCAUGCUAUGCAUCUGUGGGGCCGCGGAGGUCUGGGUAAAUCAUCCGGGAGGAGUUCCUGCCUGUCGAGCCGCUCCAACUCAGUGCUGACUCUAACUGACACUGAGCACGAGAACAAAUCGGACAGCGACAAUGAGCAACCGUCCAAUCAUCACAACUCCAGCCUCCCUCCGGUACCACCCCCUCAUCGCCAACAACCCUCAGUAACAGCUCUUAGCCAAGCCCUGAGCGCCACACAUCACACUGGCCAAUCCCUGAACUCCACGAGGCAGCUAACCCCUCCUACUGGAAGCCCGGCCCCUGUGGCCGGCCAAUCACCAGCAGAGCUGCAGACCACGCCCCCCGAGAGCGUCCCGCUGCAAGACAGCUGGGUGCUUGGUAGCAAUGUACCUCUGGAAACAAGGCACUUCCUCUUUAAAACAGGCACAGGCACUACCCCCCUCUUCUCCACAGCUACUCCUGGCUACACUAUGGCAACAGGCUCAGUGUACUCCCCUCCUACCAGGCCGUUACCUAGGAAUACUCUAUCCCGCUCAGCCUUCAAGUUCAAGAAAUCCUCCAAGUACUGCUCAUGGAGGUGUACAGCCCUCAGUGCAGUAGGUCUGUCUGUACUGCUGUCUGUCAUGCUCUGUUACUGCAUCGCCAUGCAUCUGUUUGGUCUAAACUGGCAGCUUCAGGAGAGUGAGGGAUACGGAGCCUUUGAAAAUGGAGGUGGAGGAAGAGACACAACACCCAACACAUUUAUAGUGUCUACAGACAACAGUAAGAUGCUUUUUCUAGAGAACAACACCAUAGACACAGGAGAGGUGGAUGUGGGGAGACGAGCCAUACAAGAUAUACCUCCAGGUGUGUUUUGGAGGUCCCAGCUGUAUAUCGACCAACCACAGUUCCUGAAAUUCAACAUUUCCGUCCAGAGAGAUGCUCUUGUUGGUGUGUAUGGACGCAAAGGCCUGCCACCUUCACAUACACAGUAUGACUUUGUGGAACUGUUGGAUGGUAGUCGACUUAUUUCGAAAGACAAACGAGCACUAAGUGACACCGACGCAGGACACAUACGACUAGCUGUUUCUUUCGAAGAAGAGUCUGAAGGAGGCCCCCGACAUAUCCGCUCCGUGAAUGUGCACGAGGCUGGGUUCAUCCAGUACCUGGACACUGGAAUCUGGCACCUGGCGUUUUACAAUGAUGGACGAAACACAGAACAAGUCUCCUACAAUGCCAUCAUCAUAGAGUCGAUUAUGGAGUGUCCUCACAAUUGUCAUGGAAACGGUGAAUGUCUCUCGGGGAUUUGCCACUGUUUCCCAGGAUUCCUGGGGCCCGACUGCUCUCGAGCGUCCUGUCCGGUGCUGUGCAGCGGUAACGGUCAGUACUCUCGUGGACGCUGCCAGUGCUACAGUGGUUGGAAAGGUACCGAGUGCGACGUGCCAGCCAACCAGUGUAUUGACAUCCACUGUGGAGGACAUGGUAUCUGCAUAAUGGGCGCCUGCAUCUGCAACACUGGUUAUAAGGGAGAGAACUGUGAGGAAGUGGACUGCAUUGACCCCAGCUGUUCGGCCCAUGGGGUGUGUAUUCAUGGCGAAUGUCACUGUCAGCCAGGCUGGGGUGGAGCCAGCUGUGAAAUUACCAAGGCCAUGUGUCCAGACCAGUGUUCAGGCCAUGGCACCUACAAUGCAGAGACCAGUACAUGUGCCUGCGACCAGAACUGGACUGGACCUGACUGCUCUUUAGAGGUGUGUGAAGUAGACUGUGGCAGCCAUGGAGUGUGUUACGGCGGCGUAUGCCGCUGUGAGGAGGGCUGGACUGGAAGUGUGUGUGACCAAAAGGCCUGCCACCCACUGUGCAGCAAGAACGGAGUUUGUAAAGACGGGAAGUGUGAGUGUGACCAGGGAUGGACAGGGGAGCACUGCAACAUUGCUCACAAUCCGGAUAUUAGAGUUAAAGAGGGUUGUCCAGGUCUCUGCAAUAACAAUGGACGAUGCACCUUGGAGGCCAGCGGAUGGCACUGCAUCUGCCAGUCGGGAUGGAGAGGGGCGGGGUGCCACGUUGCCAUGGAAACACUAUGUACCGACGGCAAGGACAACGAAGGAGAUGGCUUGGCUGACUGCAUGGAUCCAGACUGCUGUCUGCAGCCUUCCUGUCAGAAUCAGCUGUACUGCAAAGGGUCACCUGACCCAGGCGAGGUGCUCAGCCAGUCUCCAUCCUCAGUGCCUCCUCAACAGGCUGCCAGAUCUUUCUACCAGCGCAUUCACUUUCUAGUUGGGCCUGAAUCGACUCACAUAAUCAAUGGUGAAAAUCCUUUUAAUAAAAGCUUGGUGUCGAUAAUUCGAGGUCAGGUUCUGACAGCUGAUGGAACACCUCUGAUUGGAGUCAACGUGACAUUUGUUCACUAUCCUGAGCAUGGAUACACUAUAACACGCAAGGAUGGCAUGUUUGAUCUUCUGGCCAAUGGUGGGGCAUCCCUAACACUGAGCUUUGAGCGUGCUCCCUUCCUCACUCAGUACAGAACUGUUUGGGUGCCGUGGAAUGUCUUCUAUGUGAUGGACACGCUUGUCAUGAAGAAGGAGGAAAAUGACAUUCCCAGCUGUGACCUGAGUGGUUUCAUCAGACCGAGUCCUGUCAUUGUUGCUUCUCCUCUGUCUACAUUUUACAGAAGCUCACCUGAAGAUGGCGCCAUCAUACCUGAAACACAGGUUCUACAAGAACAGACAUCAAUACCUGGCAGUGAUCUAAACUUGAUCUACCUUAGCUCCAGAGGAGCAGGAUAUAAACCAGUCCUGAAAGUCACCAUGACGCAGACAUCAAUACCUUUCAAUUUGAUGAAGGUUCACCUGAUGGUGGCAGUGGUGGGCCGCCUCUUCCAAAAAUGGUUCCCUGCACAACCAAAUCUGUCAUACACAUUCAUCUGGGACAAGACAGAUGCCUAUGGCCAGCGUGUCUAUGGACUGUCAGAGGCAGUUGUGUCUGUAGGUUUUGAAUACGAGUCCUGCCUGGAUCUUAUCCUGUGGGAGAAGAGGACGGCUGUUCUACAGGGCUAUGAGUUGGAUGCUUCCAACGUGGGAGGAUGGACACUGGAUAAGCAUCACAUCCUGGACGUACAGAAUGGUAUACUGUACAAAGGCAACGGUGAGAAUGUCUUCAUUUCCCAGCAGCCACCCGUCAUCAACAGCAUCAUGGGAAACGGUCGUCGCCGCAGCAUCUCGUGCCCCAGCUGUAAUGGGCAGGCAGAGGGCAACAAGCUGCUGGCGCCCUUGGCUCUGGCAUGUGGAGCAGACGGCAGCAUUUUUGUUGGCGACUUCAACUACAUCAGAAGAAUCUUUCCCUCUGGGAAUGUUACCAGUGUCAUGGAGCUAAGAAACAAAGAUUUCAGGCAUAGCAACAACCCUGCUCAUCGGUACUACUUAGCCACUGACCCAGUAACAGGGCAGCUGUAUGUGUCCGACACUAAUUCACGACGGAUUUACCGCCCCAAAAUGCUCAGCGGUGCCCGUGACCUCAUCAGUAAUGGAGAAGUAGUGGCUGGUACAGGUGAGCAGUGUCCUCCAUUUGAUGAAGCGCGUUGUGGAGAUGGAAGAAAAGCUACAGAGGCCCAGCUACUGGGACCAAAAGGAAUUGCAGUUGAUAAAAACGGACUCAUCUACUUUGUGGAUGGAACUAUGAUUAGGAAAGUGGAUCGUAACGGGAUCAUCUCCACAGUGUUGGGCAGCAAUGAUCUGACCUCUGCACGACCUUUGACCUGUGACACCAGCAUGCACAUAAGACAGGUGCGGUUAGAGUGGCCCACAGAUCUAGCCAUCAAUCCCAUGGAUAACUCUAUCUAUGUGCUGGACAACAAUGUUGUGCUGCAGAUCACUGAAAAUAGACAGGUUCGUAUUGUGGCAGGUCGUCCCAUGCACUGCCAGGUGCCUGGUAUAGAGUACACCAUGGGAAAGAGGGCGGUUCAGACCAUGCUAGAGGGUGCUACCGCCAUCGCCUUAUCCUACAGUGGCGUUCUCUACAUCGCAGAGACGGAUGAGAAGAAAAUCCACCGUAUUCGACAGGUGUCGACUGAUGGAGAAAUUACCCAUCUAGCUGGAGCGCUAUCUGACUGUGACUGCAAGAAUGAUGCAAACUGCGACUGCUAUCAAACAGGAGAUGGCUAUGCCAAAGACGCCAGGCUUAAUUGUCCUUCCUCUCUGGUUGUGUCUCCGGAUGGGACGCUGUAUGUGGCUGAUCUGGGAAACAUCCGGAUUAGAGCCAUACGACGCAACCAACCACCUACGGGCUCUCUGGCUUCAGGUCCCAGUUCCUAUGAAGUGGCCUCUCCAGCCUCUCAAGAGCUCUACGUGUUUGAUGCAAAUGGAACUCACCAGUUCACCAUGUCUCUGGUCACUGGAGACUACAAAUACAACUUCAGUUACAGCAAUGAGGAGGAUGUGACUGCGGUGACGGACAGCAGUGGAAACACGCUCCGCGUCCGCAGAGACACUAACAGGAUGCCUGUACGUGUGGUUGCUCCCGACAAUCAGGUCAUUUGGCUGACCAUUGGGACUAAUGGAGGUCUGAAGACUCUCACAGCUCAGGGUCAGGAACUGGUUUUGUUUACUUACCAUGGGAACAGUGGCUUGUUGGCUACCAAGAGUAUCCAAAUUGGCUGGACUACCUUCUAUGACUAUGACAGUGAGGGUCGUUUGACUAAUGUGACCUUCCCUACUGGGGUGGUAACCAGUCUCCAUGGCGACAUGUCGUCAGGGGCUGUUGCUGUGGACAUUGAGACGUCAGGGAGGGAUGAGGACGUUGCCAUAACAACCAACCUAUCAUCAAUAGACUCCUUCUACACUCUGGUGCAAGACCAGCUUCGUAACAGCUACCAGGUGGGGAACGACCACUCACUGAGGGUGAUCUAUGCGAACGGGAUGGACACGCACUACCAGACAGAGCCUCAUAUUCUGGCAGGUGCUGCUAACCCAACUGUUGCGCGACGUAACAUGACUCUGCCGGGAGAGAACGGCCAAAACCUGGUGGAAUGGAGGUUCAGGAAGGAGCAGACGAGAGGAAAAGUCAUCGUCUUUGGAAGAAAACUCAGAGUGAAUGGGAGGAAUUUGCUGUCUGUGGAUUAUGAUCGUACACUGCGAACUGAGAAAAUCUAUGAUGACCACAGGAAGUUCCUGCUGAAGAUCAUCUAUGAUACCCAAGGCCAUCCAACACUCUGGGUUCCUAGCAGCAAGCUGCUGUCAGUUAACCUAACAUACUCCAGUUCGGGUCAAGUGACAGGUCUCCAGAGGGGUCCGACCACAGAGAGAUGGGAAUACGACAGUCAGGGACGAAUCAUUUCCAGAGUCUUCGCUGAUGGAAAGAUGUGGAGUUACACGUAUCUGGACAAGUCCAUGGUGCUGCUGCUGCACAGCCAGCACCAGUACAUCUUUGACUAUGACUCAGUGGACCGCCUGUCAGCAGUCACUAUGCCCAGCGUGGCUCGACACACCAUGCAGACCAUCCGAUCCAUAGGAUAUUACAGGAACAUCUACACCCCACCAGAAAGCAACGCAUCUGUUACUGUGGAUUAUUCUGAAGAUGGACAGCUCCUGAGGGUGGCUCAUCUAGGCACUGGCCGGCGUAUACUGUACAAAUACCGCAGACAGAACAAGCUGGCAGAAAUCCUUUAUGACUCGACCAGGGUCAGCUUCACAUAUGACGAGACUGCUGGUGUGCUUAAGACUGUCAACCUGCAGAGCGAAGGCUUCAUCUGCUCCAUCCGGUACCGCCAAAUUGGCCCACUGGUUGACCGGCAAAUAUUCCGCUUCAGCGAGGACGGGAUGGUGAACGCGCGCUUUGACUACACCUAUGACAACAGUUUCAGGGUCACCAGCAUGCAGGCUGUAAUCAACGAGACACCGCUGCCCAUCGAUCUCUAUCAGUUUGACGACAUAUCUGGGAAAGUGGAACAGUUUGGGAAGUUUGGAGUCAUUUAUUACGAUAUCAAUCAGAUUAUCUCCACAGCGGUAAUGACCUACACAAAACACUUUGACCAGCACGGCCGCAUUAAGGAGAUCCAGUAUGAGAUUUUCAGGUCACUGAUGUACUGGAUCACCAUUCAGUAUGACAACAUGGGCCGAGUGACAAAGCGUGAAAUCAAGAUCGGGCCAUUUGCUAACACAACCAAAUAUGGUUAUGAAUAUGAUGUCGAUGGACAGCUGCAGACCGUCUCCCUCAACGAGAAGAUGAUGUGGAGAUAUAAUUACGAUCUGAACGGGAAUCUGCAUCUGCUGAACCCUGGGAACAGCGGGCGUUUAACCCCUCUGCGCUACGACCUGAGGGACAGAAUCACUCGGCUGGGAGAUGUUCAGUAUAGGCUGGAUGAAGACGGUUUCCUCAGACAGAGAGGAGCUGAGAUAUUUGAAUACAACUCCAAAGGCCUACUAGUUCGUGUCUACAGCAAAGCAGCCAGCUGGACCAUUCAGUACCGUUAUGACGGCUUGGGUCGGCGAGUGGCAUCUAGGAACAGCCUGGGCCAGCACUUGCAGUUCUUCUAUGCGGACCUGAACUAUCCCACCAGGAUAACCCACGUCUACAACCACUCCAGCUCAGAGAUCACGUCCUUUUACUACGAUCUGCAGGGCCAUGUUUUUGCCAUGGAGAUCAGCAGCGGAGAAGAGUUUUAUAUUGCAUGUGAUAACACUGGGACUCCACUGGCUGUCUUCAGUAACAAUGGGCUCCUGCUUAAACAGGUGCAAUACACAGCGUAUGGUGAAGUUUACUUUGAUUCCAACCCAGACUUUGUGUUGGUAAUUGGUUUCCAUGGAGGUCUGUAUGAUCCUUUGACGCGGUUGCUUCAUUUUGGAGACAGAGAUUAUGACAUUCCUGCGGGAAGGUGGACCACUCCUGACAUCAGCACAUGGACACGUGUUGGUAAGGACCCUCAGCCCUUUAACCUGUACAUGUUCCAAGGUAACAACCCCAUCAGCAAGAUCCACCAGGUCAAAGAAUAUGUCACAGAUAUCAACAUCUGGUUGGUCACAUUUGGCUUUCAUCUCCAUAAUGCAAUCCCAGGAUUCCCUAUUCCGAAAUUUGACCUGAUACAGCCAUCACUGGAGAUGAAAAAGAGCCAGCUGUGGGAUGACCUGCCUUCUAUCUCAGGCGUCCAGCAGGAAGUGACCCGUCAGUCUCAGGCCUUUCUGUCGUUUGAGCGCAUGCCAGAAAUUCAGCUCAGUCGGCGACAUUCAGACCACAACAAGCCUUGGCUGUGGUUUGCCACUGUCAAGUCUCUGAUAGGAAAGGGAGUGAUGCUCGCCGUGAUCCAAGGUCGCGUUGUGACCAGUGCUCUAAACAUCGCCAACGAGGACUGCAUCAAAGUGGCUGCUGUCCUAAAUAAUGCCUUUUACCUUGAGGGCUUGCAUUUCACAGUGGAGGGAAGAGACACGCACUACUUCAUCAAGACCAGCCUGCCUGAGAAUGACCUCAGCGCACUGCGGCUCACCUCGGGGAGGAAGUCACUAGAAAAUGGAGUAAACGUCACAGUAUCCCAGUCCACAACAGUAAUGAACGGGAGAACGCGGCGUUUUGCUGAUGUGGAGCUCCAGUACGGCGCCCUGACACUUCACGUGCGUUACGGGACGACGCUAGAUGAGGAGAAAGCGCGAAUCCUGGAACAAGCAAGGCAGAGGGCGCUGUCGAGUGCCUGGGCGCGCGAACAACAGCGAGUGAGAGACGGAGAAGAAGGAGUACGGCUAUGGACGGAGGGAGAAAAGAGGCAGCUACUAAGCAGCGGGAAGGUUUUGGGUUAUGAUGGAUACUACGUACUGUCUAUAGAGCAGUACCCCGAGCUAGCCGACAGCGCUAACAACAUCCAGUUCCUACGGCAGAGUGAGAUAGGGAGGAGGUAACACGGCAUUAACAGAAUCCAAUGAUCCCGCCCACUGACUGUCAGAGACUAACAAAAGUUUUUCAAAAAUGGAUGUCACAGACUGAAACCAAGCCACUGAAGAGAUCCCGUAAUCCCUUUUUUUUGGAUCAAAAUGUUAAAAUGGGAUUUCUAGACUGAUGAUGUAACAAUCACUUCAGUGCAGCUGACCCGAAACACGACUGCAGUUUGAUGGUCUGCAAACCCGGAUAAAGGUUCUUUUUUUCGGCCAUGUUCUUUUUCUCUAUCUCGCUUUCUCUUUUUUUCACCCGGUCGUCUGCCUUCGAACAGCUUGCACGCAUGACCCCCCAUCCCCGCCGCCUUUCGUGAAAGGUGGGGGCUAUAACCCGACUGCUAUAUUUGUGUGCUAUCUAGCUAUCGAACAGUGGGAUGUAGAGACUCGUUCAAGCGGCCGACUGAGGAUUUUACAGUUACAUGAGCUUACAAGCGUUUCAACAGCUGUUAACUGUCAGUCAGUGUAAUCGCCAUCUGUGCAUCCCUAAGAGAUGUUGCAGGUGUCAUAUCUCUGUUUGGGUCUUAGACCUCUAGGAGCCAUGUCUGUAGGCUCUAUCGUGUCCAUGGCUGAAGCAACUGAGUGGAACCACCGUCGUGGACUCUCUCUAAGGACAGGCACAAAAAAUUAUACUUUGUAUGAAAGCUGAAAAAAAUAAACUGAUUUUCUCUUUGAGUUUUUUUCUUUAUAUAAACUUGCUGUUGCUUCAGACAAAAAGGGUAUAUGAAAAUUAACAAAAACAUUUUUACAUAGUAUUACUUAUACCACUAUUACUACUUUUACUGCACCAUCACCACUGGAAUGGACCAUUAUAUGACCUGAACAAAGACAAACUUUGAUUUGUGUUUUUACUUAAAAGCCACUUCUUCCCAUUCUGUGCUCUAACAAGUUCUACAAAUUUAGAGAGACCACAGUCAAACUGACGUAUGUGAAGAACCAGGGCCACUGUAGGGCCACCGUUGUGUUUGAGUGGAUGUACAUUGGUCCUAUAAAUCCCUGGUACCCUGGCAGCCCAGGUGUUAUUCACUUUUACAAAAUGUGACUCGGCCUCAUAACAAAUAGACUUGUGCUUUUCUCAGUCACAGGUAGUAGUAUUGCUUGCAAUAGAAACAUGUUAUCAUGGCUUUG